GGAGUCAGUUUAAGGCAGUCAAGCUUCUAGGAAAGUAUGGGAUAUUCACCUUGAAACUGUGAAAUGAAGUUUGUUAAACCGGGAAGGUACCUCUCUGCCAGUGUUAGACCCGCCCUUUGGCUAGAGAACGGCCUCAGUACAUGCUCGGUUUGUGUUCGUUUAACCAGGAGUUUGUACUUGAUCCUUGAUACCCGUGACUGUGACUAACCCUGGAAAGAAGUGAUCUGUCUGCUAAUUACGCUCCAAACGGGCCACAGGAGAGGAAGGCAGGCAGUUUCCACAAGUCAGAGUGUCUUUCGUCAGCCGUGUUAUGUCAUCUUAGGUUUUUAAGCUCUCCUAUAUUCAAAAAACAGGAUCAACUCUUUUUGAAUCGCGAACCAUUUAAUCUGUAGUCUUGAGAAUUUCAAGUUGUAUUCCAGGUGGAAACUUCAUUGAGGUUAGAGAAAUACUUUAAUGACUCCUGAGAAGUUUGAAAGAUAUUAGAAAUGGCCACUCCCCAAUCAGUUUUCAUCUUUGCAAUCUGCAUUCUAAUGAUAACUGAAUUAAUUUUGGCUUCCAGAAGUUACUAUGAUAUCUUAGGUGUGCCAAAGUCUGCCUCAGAGCGCCAAAUCAAGAAGGCCUUUCACAAGUUGGCCAUGAAAUACCAUCCUGAUAAAAAUAAAAGCCCUGAUGCUGAAGCAAAAUUCAGAGAGAUUGCAGAAGCAUAUGAAACUCUCUCAGAUGCUAAUAGGCGAAAAGAAUAUGAUACACUUGGACAUAAUGCUUUUACUAAUGGUAAAGGACAGAGAGCUAGUGGAAGUCCUUUUGAGCACUCAUUUAACUUCAAUUUUGAUGACUUAUUUAAGGACUUUGAUUUUUUUGGUCAAAACCAAAAUACUCGGUCGAAGAAGCAUUUUGAAAAUCACUUUCAGACACGCCAGGAUGGUUCCAGUAGACAAAGGCACCAUUUCCAGGAGUUUUCUUUUGGAGGUGGUUUGUUUGAUGACAUGUUUGAAGAUAUGGAGAAAAUGUUUUCUUUUAGUGGUUUUGACACCACCAACAAUCGACAUACAGUACAGACUGAAAAUAGAUUCCAUGGAUCUAGCAAGCACUGUAGGACUGUCACUCAACGAAGAGGAAAUAUGGUUACUACAUACACUGACUGUUCAGGACAGUAGUUGGUUCUUUUUCUGUUCUCAUUAAACCCGAUUAGUUGACUCCUCUUCAGUAUCUUUGAUGCAGAAAGAAUUUUUUUGUGAACUAUUUUGACAAGUGCAUGAUUUCACUUAAUAUAGAUAUUAAAUAUAUUUAAAUUGUUUUUGAUAAUUCAGCAACAUUUAAUUAGGAGACCAAUAGCUAAUUACUUUCCCUGAUUAGACAAGGUUCUUUAAAAAAAGAUAUUAUAAUUCUGCCUGGUCUUUUUUUAUCUACUUGUCCUUGGGCUUAUUAACAUGACCAGUUUCAUUACCAAGGAAAGAAUUGAGUUUGCCUGAUGAAUAUUUAAAGGUUAAACUUUAAAAGUUAUUCUAGAUUUAAAUUGUGUGAACAUGGAUGAUUUUUUUGGAGUGAAACCUUUGCUAAAUUAAAAUUGCAUGCUCUGUAGCAUCUCUGACUUAGGUUGCAAAAUGUAUGUGAAACUGUAUAAUUCAGUUGUUCAGCAAAGGAUGACAAAGCACUAUCUUGUUCAAUUUCCACUGAAUGCUUGAGAAAAGUAUGGUUUAAUAUUUACCACAAAACCAUGCAGAAGAAUUGGAGUAAAGGAAAUGAUUGUGUUGCUCAGUCUUUAAGACCAAAAGAAGGUUGAAAACUUAAGAAAUAUUGCCAAGAGAUUGUUACCUGUUUGAUCCCUGCCUAAUGAUUUUGUAGUGUUGAAGUCAUAGCUGUUUUACACUUCUUUUCACAUUUCUUUCUUAGUUGUUGGCCCUCUAGGUCUUAGUGUGGAUUUAUGUGUUUUUUUGUGUGUGUGGUUUUUCUUCUUUGCACUCAUCUUUAGAGAUUGACUAAUACCUCAUUCUGUUUAUAAAAACAGCCAGUAAUUUCUGUGCAACCUUAUUAUGUGCAAUAUUUUUAAAUCCUAAGAAAUGUGUGCUUUUGUUUUCAGAUGGACUUAUUUCUUCUGCACUUGUUCCAUGUUGUACUCCAUAUGAGUACUAACCCUAUGGAUACAUAUUAAAACUAGUAAAUAUCUCAUACAGCUUUGUGAGUGAGAGAAAUAUAAUAUUUACAAUAUGA